UUAGUGUCAACAUGGCUGCACGCGUUGGAGACAAGCGUGGUCUGGAGCAUUUAGAUGAAUAUGAACCAAAACCAGUAAAACAUCAACGAAGUCUGCAUGAGCAGAUGACUGAAAAGCGACUUGUUGUCGUUUUAGAAGGAGCGACGCUUGAAACCGUGAAGGUUGGAAAAACUUUUGAGUUGUUGAAUUGUGAUCAACACAAGAGUAUGAUAAUAAAGAAUGGAAGAGACCCUGGGAAGAUUCGCCCCGAUAUCACACAUCAGUGCUUGUUGAUGCUUCUGGACAGUCCUUUGAAUAGAGCAGGACUGUUACAGGUCUACAUUCACACAGAGAAAAAUGCUUUAAUCGAGAUCAACCCACAGACAAGAAUUCCCCGCACUUUUUCACGGUUUUGUGGACUUAUGGUCCAGCUUCUGCAUAAAUUGAGUGUGAGAGCAGCAGAUGGUCCACAGCGUUUGUUAAGGCUGAUUAAAAAUCCAGUAUCAGACCACCUCCCACCUGGAUGUCUCAGAUAUUCAACAUCAUUCAAGGCAGGAGAUGCUGUGUGUCCCAGAACCAUCGUACCUAAAGAUGGACCAGCUGCUAUUGUCAUUGGAGCGUUUGCACAUGGAAUGGUAAAUGCAGACUACACAGAGAAGACAGUGUCCAUAAGUAACUAUCCUUUGUCUGCAGCACUGACAUGUGCCAAAAUGUGUUCAGCAUUUGAGGAGGUCUGGGGAGUGUUAUGAUGAAACCAGAUUAUGUUUCUGUCUGUAUGAGGAACAGGCAUUUGGACUUUACAUGCAUACGUCCGUUAAGGACGUUUGUACAAAAACAGAGACGAACAUGUCUUGUGUUACCACACAAUUUUUGUUUGUACUGAACUAAACAACUAUACCCCUAAAAGUGUGAGGUAUAACAUCUACAUUUACUUGUGUUUUUUACCAAUAGGCUUAUACAUUUAAAGUUUCCUGUUUUAUAUGUAAAAAUUCUGGUGCAAAUAAACUUAUUAUGUGGUGAUAAAAAAAAAUUUCAACUACAUAAGAAACUGUU